CUUAUAAGCACGGCGUAUUUGGCGGAUGGGAAGCACACAGUGUGUAAACUGUGCAUCACAAUUUUACUGAAGAUCUAUAAAAACCCAACGAAGCAUGUCGAUGUUUCUGCGUCAGCGAUCCAUGUGCAUGUCGUCUUCUGUAUCCUGUUUGGCUUCUUCCAGAUGCUCCUUUUCAGCCUCCAAAGAGAGCUCUCCGUUGCUCGUUACCAAGUCAUUGCCGAUGAGUUGUGGAAUGAUAGUUCUUGCUGUUUGGUAGAAGAUCUAUAAAAACCCAACGAAGCAUGUCGAUGUUUCUGCGUCAGCGAUCCAUGUGCAUGUUCGUCGUCUUCUGUAUCCUGUUUGGCUUCUGUCAGAUGCUCCUUCUCAGCCUCCAAAGAGAUCGUAAACCUCUCGGAGAACUUGGAGACGGUGGACCGAAGCUACCGGCCGAGGCUCAGCUUGGCAAGAUUGAGAAAAGCCAUGUUGGUGGCGGUGGUGGAGAUGCGUUGGCUUCGAACCGUGUGAAACAAAUACUUCAGUUGGAGAAGUCACUUCAAUUUUGGGAGUUAUCUCAAUUGGGGGAGUCACCUCAAUUUGGGCAGUCACCUGAAUUGGGACAUGUACCUCGAUUGGGGCAGUCACCUCAGUUGAGGCAACUCCCUCACCUAGUAGGGCAAUCACCUCUAGAACAGCGUGGCAAUCAAAGCAGCGACCACGCAGUGCCUCAAGAUGUUCCCGACUCGUACAAUACGUUCAUAUCACCUUAUCACCGGCAUUGGAAGGUUGACUGCCCUGCUAUAUUUUCCGGUGAUAAAGAGGCAGUGAGGACAACUUAUGAAAUGCUACAAAAGGAGUGCCGUAAGACGAAUGGGUCCGUUGCUGUACCGAGCGAUGGUGAGGUAAGAACGUGGACGCGCGACUGCUAUUCGUACAAACGAUUGAGACGUUUCCCAACAAACCCCGGAACGGAAGAGGAGGCCGGGUUCCAGGUUGCUUACAUCAUUGUUGCUCACAAAGAAGCCGCGCAGGUCGAGCGCCUCCUACGGGCGAUAUACCAACCUCAGAACCUCUACUGCAUUCACCCCGAUGCAAAGUCCUCCAGAGAAUUCCACGAGGCUAUACGCUCCAUGACAGGCUGCUUCGAAAAUGUGUUCAUUGCGUCUAAACUUGAAGAUGUCCAGUAUGCUGGAUACACGAGGCUUCUGGCUGAUGUCAACUGCAUGAGGGAUCUAUCGAGAAAGAUAGGUUCCAUUUACCGCUGGAGAUACGUGAUGAAUUUAUGCGGGCAAGACUUCCCGUUGAAAACGAACCUUGAGAUCGUACGACAACUCAAGGCUUACAAGCGUCAUAAUGACAUCACUGGUAUUCUACCACCUCCUUAUAAAAAAGGACGUACGAACCACCAUCACAUAACUAAAGACAGGCAUGUCAUGAGGACGAAAAGGUUAAAAGAACCUCCACCGCAUAAUUUGACCAUCCACUUCGGCAACGCCUACUACGCGGCCACGUGGGCGUUUGUUGACUAUAUGCUGACCAGUCCACAGGGCGUUGACCUCUUGGAAUGGUCAAAUGACACAUUCAGUCCGGACGAGCAUUUCUGGGCGACUCUCCAGCGGGGGGCUGGGACACCGGGUGGGUAUCCUCACGCAACGUGGGACGAAAACGUGAGGUUCAUGAAAUGGGGUGACAUCAUCAAGAAGCACCCACCCUGCCGCGGUAAAUACGUCAGAGCAGUGUGCGUGUUUGGAGUCGGGUACUUGGACUACCUCGCAACACAACCUUACCUCUUUGCUAAUAAGUUCCACUACAGUUUCGACCCAGUGGCAAUACAGUGUAUCGAGGAAGCGCUGAACAACAGAACUAGGAAUCCUUUAGAGUCGGAUAAACUGAGUAAUUUCCCGGUCACGAAUCUCGUCUGGCAAAAUCACACGGCUCUCGUACCAUGAACCUUUACUGCAAUUAACUCGGCACGCGCGCGCAUUAGGCUUGUAUAGACCUUUCUUUUGUUGAUAAACAAACCGCCUUGGUUGGCAUGGUCGGCCGAAUGUGAGUAAAACACUUA